GGGAUGCCCCCCCGGCUGACUACACCAAGGUGAUCACCACCUUCCGUUUCCUGUCGCAGAAGCUCUUCAUCUCAGUGUCGGUGCUCGCGAGCCUGGGCAUCCUGCUGGCCAUCGUCUGCCUAGCCUUCAACAUCUACAACGGGCACGUCCGGUACAUCCAGAACUCCCAGCCCUAUCUCAACAACAUGACGGCUGUGGGCUGCACGCUGGCGCUGGCCGCUGUCUUCCCCCUGGGGCUGGAUGGCUACCACAUCGGGUCUGGGCUCUUCCCCUUCGUCUGCCAGGCCCGGCUCUGGCUGCUGGGGCUGGGGUUCAGCCUGGCCUAUGGCAGCAUGUUCACUAAAAUCUGGUGGGUGCACACCGUCUUCACCAAGAAAGAGGAGAAGAAGGAGAGACGCAAAACCCUGGAGCCCUGGAAGCUGUACGCCACCGUGGGGCUGCUGGUGGGGCUGGAUGUGGUCAUGCUGGCCGUCUGGCAAAUCGUCGACCCGCUGCAUCGCACCAUCGAGGAAUUCACCAAAGAGGAACCGAAAACCGACAUCGACGUCUCGAUCCUGCCCCAGCUGGAGCACUGCAGCUCCACCAAGAUGAACACCUGGCUGGGGAUAUUCUAUGGGUUCAAGGGACUGCUGCUGCUGCUGGGCAUCUUCCUGGCCUACGAGACCAAGAGCGUCUCCACCGAGAAGAUAAAUGACCACCGAGCUGUGGGCAUGGCCAUCUACAAUGUGGCGGUGAGUGAGUGCGCCCUGCUGUGACCCACUGCCCCCCAAACCUCA